AUGGCCCAAUCUUCACACGAACGCGUCGUGAUUGACAAAAACGGAGAUACCCUCAUUACGCUUACAUCCCGGGAUGAUUCUUUCGCCAUCUGGGAUCCUUUACGCGACGAGUUUUCCUCACCAAAAUCCUCAGGAAACGAGUGGAAAAGCAAGAGGACCCUAGAGAACGAACGCGUCCUCGCAAAUAAGGUCGCUUCAGAAGAAGACGAGAGCAAUGCCACGACUGAAACACCAGAAGAGAUCCUUGAGACAACGAUCGUAUAUCAAGUGUCUUCGAAGCACUUGGAAACGGCUUCUGGAAAGUUCAGAAGUGAGCUCACAGGGCCAUGGAGCGAAAACGUCAAAGGAGAAGAUGGCCUGUUUCAUCUGACCGCGGAGAACUGGGAUCCUGAUGUAUUCAAGAUCCUACUGAACAUACUGCACCUUCGCAACCGCCAGGUGCCGAAGAGCACCAAUCUGGAUACUCUAACCAAGAUAGCUGUCUUGGUGGACUACUACAGGUGCUGGGAAGCUGUAGAGACGUGGACAACCCUAUGGAUCGACAUACUGAAGAAGAAAGAACUCGUACCUACAACGUACUGUGGCGAGCUAAUUCUAUGGAUGCAAAUCGCUUGGGUGUUUGAGCUGGAUGAAGAGUUCGAGAAGACGACAGCCAUUGCCGUGCGCCAAAGCGACACAGCAGUCAUUCGAGACAUGGAUCUUCCCAUUCCACCAGCGAUUCUCGACGCAUUGGAGCUUCGAAGAUAUCAGGUAAUCGACUCCAUCAUGUCAAUUUGCCAUGACUGGAUUCCGAAGUUCUGCGACGAAUACAACUGCCCAGAGGACUCUGAUUCGUCCUUUGCCUGUGGAUCAGUACUUCUCGGAGCACUUACGCGAGGGAUGCAUCGUCUGGGUUGUCUGUCGCCCAAGCCAGAGAUACCUUUUGAUGGACAUAGUUUUCAUACCAUAUCGAAAGCCGUCAAGGAGUUGCCAACACCUGAAUGGUGGAGUGAAACCCGCAGCAGAUACAGUAACAGCCAUGAGUGCAGUCUGAAGGACACUGUGGGUCCCGACAUCGAUGCAGUCGUGGCGAACAUCCGAGGGUUAAACCUUUGCGACUUCAGGGACCGUGCGAAAGAGCUCGAUCAGUAG